CACCAUCACUCCACAGAGAGAGGGAGAGGAGAAAAUCAACAGAGACCAUCAACUUCACAGAUUGAAGGGGAGAGAGAUGGCAGCAAGCGUUGUUAGACCAACUCCAUUCCUUGGCCAGACCAGGGUCCCAGCGGGCGCAAACCCGCUCCGAGAUGCGGUCUCCAUGGGCAAUGGGAAAUUCACCAUGGGAAAUGACCUCUGGUACGGGCCAGACCGUGUAAAAUACCUAGGCCCAUUCUCUGCCCAAACCCCAUCCUACCUCACCGGUGAAUUCCCAGGUGACUACGGCUGGGACACUGCUGGUCUCUCGGCAGACCCUGAGGCCUUCGCUCGCAACCGAGCCCUCGAAGUCAUCCACGGCCGGUGGGCCAUGCUUGGUGCCCUCGGAUGCAUAACCCCUGAAGUCCUCGAAAAAUGGGUCAAAGUCGACUUCAAAGAGCCUGUCUGGUUCAAGGCCGGAGCCCAAAUAUUCUCAGAGGGCGGACUCGACUAUCUUGGAAACCCUAACUUGGUUCAUGCUCAGAGCAUUUUAGCAGUUCUAGGGUUUCAAGUGUUGCUAAUGGGUUUAGUUGAGGGUUUUCGUAUUAAUGGGCUACCGGGUGUCGGAAGUGGUAAUGAUUUAUACCCAGGUGGGCAGUAUUUUGAUCCAUUAGGGUUGGCAGAUGAUCCGGUUACAUUUGCGGAGUUGAAGGUGAAGGAAAUCAAGAAUGGGAGGCUGGCGAUGUUUUCGAUGUUUGGAUUCUUUGUUCAGGCAAUUGUGACAGGAAAAGGGCCAUUGGAGAACCUUUUGGAUCAUCUUGAUAACCCCGUUGCUAACAAUGCUUGGGUUUAUGCUACCAAGUUUGUUCCGGGGUCUUAAACCUACUUAAGCUCUUUCGGUGUAUCAAAUGCUCUUGAGGGUAUUCGUUGUAGAUUAUUGUUGUUGUGAUGAACUUUAGUUUGUAUCAGAAAAUCAGAGAUAUUUGUGUCAUUGUUAGUGCAUAUUUGUAUCAUCCUUUCAUUCUUAUGUUUCAGGUAACCAUGUGACCAAUGUUUCUCA